CUCACUGGUACGGAAGCCGACUGGAGACUUUGUCGUAGAGGAAGUGUUUAUUUUUUCGACUUUAGGGGAGAAACUGCUGAAUUGAACCAGCUUAAGGUUUUUUGGAGAACGUUGGAGAGUCCGCUGAAUUUCAGAGGAGCGCAGCUCAUCUAGCGGCAGCAAGUUUAUGUUUUUAUUUCAUCGUAAUGUGGUGAUCUGGCAUUGUCAAUUAAAUGUAGUUUGUCAGUGUGUCACGCUUUUGUACAUUUUAUUGUCCAUGACCGUGCGCCGUAGCCUACUUAAGCAUCUGACAGAUUUCUCUCCGGAUCAGUUCUGCUAGCCAAUUUCUGCAAUGAAGUCCAGCCGUUGCCGACGGAUCUUUGUGUUCUGCUUAUUUAUUUUCUGCAGCUGAAUAAUUGCUAAGCUAUAACCAGCCAUGCCCGAGCCUCUAUUGUCUCAUUACAGGAUGGAAUGCAAGUUUUGCGUUGCACUGCGCCACACUAUUCGGUUUUAUACAUGCCCGGCGUUGCUCGUUGGCUGUUAGCGUUUGCUCUUUUUAAUUUGACAUUAAACGCACCAAGAGAGCAAUGCGUGAGUAUAAAGUAGUGGUCCUCGGGAGCGGUGGAGUCGGGAAGUCCGCUCUGACGGUACAGUUUGUCACCGGAACAUUCAUCGAGAAGUACGACCCGACAAUCGAGGAUUUUUACCGCAAGGAGAUAGAGGUGGAUUCCUCCCCCUCUGUGCUGGAGAUCCUUGACACAGCUGGAACGGAGCAGUUUGCCUCUAUGCGGGACCUCUACAUCAAAAACGGCCAGGGCUUCAUACUAGUAUACAGCCUUGUCAACCAGCAGAGCUUCCAAGACAUCAAGCCAAUGAGAGAUCAAAUAAUCAGAGUGAAAAGGUAUGAGAGAGUGCCGGUGAUCCUGGUGGGGAACAAGGUGGACCUGGACAACGAGCGGGAGGUGUCGUCAAGCGAGGGCCAGGCACUGGCCGAGGAGUGGGGCUGCCCCUUCAUGGAGACCUCGGCCAAAAGCAAGACCAUGGUGGACGAACUGUUUGCCGAGAUUGUCAGGCAGAUGGACUACGCCUCUCUGCCGGACAAGGAGGACCCGUGCUGUUCUUCCUGCAAUAUACAAUAGCUCUCCUCCCCUCAUCUGCAGGGUCUAGGGUUAUGCUGAUAAGCGUGGAGGAGAGGGUGACCUUUUUUUUUUAAUCACCAUUAAAGAAAUCACAUUCCAUCAAAUGACACAAGACCAGACAAGAGUGUUGCAAUUGCCUUGCGAUCUCAACAGAGAUGGAGAGAGAGAGAGAGAGAGAGAGAAAGAGAGAAAGAGAGAGAGAGAGUGCAAUAAUUGCUGUUGGUUGUCACUUGCCAAGUUUACUCCAUAGAUGCACGUCAGCCACAGCAAUGUUCCGUCUGAUUUCUCACCCUUUCAUUUUGAUGUUUGAAAUGAAGCCAAGUGGUCAAAGCAAAUAACUCACAUGAAUUGGGUCAAUAAUAUGCCCGAUCAUGAGACCAUUGUUUCUCCUGCCCCUGUUGGUUUUGCCACUUGACCUAUAAAUUGGUUAGUAUCAUCCAGUGUUAAUUACAGAAACUCUGUCUUGUGCCAUUCGAGCCCUGUGAGGUUGACGUCCAGUUCCGUCACCCCAGUGACAUCUUAGGGAUUGUGAAGUCCAGUCUUAUCCAAAAGGUUGGUGAGUGACUUUGAGUGGUUUUGAGUGCUGGGUGUCACCGAGGAGGACCAUUCAAGGCCCAAUAAAGUGCUCAGGGGCAUUUACUAAAACUCAUCAGGGAAUCAAGCUGAAUGCUGGAAUGAGCUUGAUUAGAUACAAUCAAAAAAAGUCAAAAUGGACUUUGAGAUCUAAACCUGUGGAGGUAUUGGGGUGGUUGCAAUCCCGAGUAGAGCCAUUGUUCUAUCCAAAUGUUGAGAAUGUGAAACGUAUAUUUUUCUUUCCUCACUUGUGUUGAACCGGAAUAAGUGAAUAAUGAAAACGAAAGACAUGCCCUCUUUACAUUUUCUAAAGAGUGUCGGUGGAAGUUGAAUCCAAUUUGUUUUCAAGGUGAAUGUUUCGUUUUGAUCACUGUUUUGCUAUUUGAUAUCAAUAGUGUAAGACAUGUUUCAAAAAUAGUUACAUUCAAAUGGCAACUCUCAAGAACACUCCACCUGUGUGUGUUUAUCCUGGUUUUACCAUGACAAAUCAGAAUAAUGCAAGAUGAAUUGUAUUGAUUAAAUAGAACACAGUUGUGUAUAUUUUUUAUGGAAAAUGUUAAAUGUAAGAGGAUUUAUCAAAUAAUGUGCAUGGCUAAUGUGGAAAUCACAUUGUUUUCUGUUCAGGUUUGUUUUGUUUUAUAUCGUAGGUGUCCAUAGGGAUUACAUAAUGUGGAUUAUUCCAACAAAUCUACACUUUUGACUCCUGUUGAGGCCUGCGUCUACAUUACCAUGUGGAUAUAUGGUUGCCUUUUAACCCACGCCAUUGUUAUCAUUUUGUUUAUUUUGUAUUUUUAUGCAAAGAUCAUCACUUAGAAAAAAAUAUUUGUUUUAACAACACAAUAAAA